AUGUCAGAAGAAAUCAAAUCAUAUUGUAAUCCAGAAUUAGGAAAUUUACCAACAAAAUAUACUCCACCAGAAAAAGGUAUAUUUGAUUUAUUUUCAUUAAAGGGUAAAGUAGCAUCAAUUACAGGGAGUUCUGGUGGGAUAGGAUGGGCUUUGGCGGAAGGAUACGCUCAAUCAGGAGCAGAUGUAGCUAUCUGGUAUAACUCAACACCAGCUGAUGAUAAAGCUAAAUAUUUAGAAGAAAAAUAUGGAAUAAAAGCAAAAGCUUAUAAAGCAGAUAUUUCAAAUGCAGAAAUUGUUAAAAAUGUAAUUAAUGAAAUUAAAAAAGAUUUUGGUAAAAUCGAUACAUUUGUUGCAAAUGCUGGUAUAAUUUGGGAUUCUGGAUUUUUAAUUGAUGAACAAGAUUUAAAUAAAUGGAAUAAAUUAAUUGAUAUUAAUGUGAAUGCUGUAUUUUAUUGUGCUCAUGCUAUAGGACAAAUUUUUAAAGAACAAGGAUUUGGUAAUUUAAUUAUAACUUCUUCAAUGUCUGGAAGUAUAGUAAAUAUUCCACAACCUUUAGCUGCUUAUAAUACUUCAAAAGCUGCUGUUAAACAUUUAGCUAAAUCUUUAGCUGUUGAAUGGGCUCCUUUUGCAAGAGUCAAUAGUGUAUCCCCAGGCUAUAUUGCAACAAAUAUGGUUGAAUACGCUGAUAAAGAAUUAGUUGGAAAAUGGUGUCAAUUAACUCCAUUGGGAAGGCUAGGUAAUCCAACAGAGUUAAUAGCUGGCUAUAUCUAUCUUUCUAGUGACGCAGCAUCCUUCACGACGGGCUGUGACCUAAAUAUAGACGGGGGUUAUUCUAUAGUUUAA